GAAAUAUUCCAAAUAUGUGAAAAGAUUUCAAGAAAGCACUUUUCGCAUCUACUCCGCGAAACUUGUGCUGACUUUUUGAGAUCCUAUCAAGAGAGACAAGAAAACAAUCAAGAAAACAAUCCUCAAAAUUCAUCACUGGUUGUUAUAGGAGUUGAAGUAGUCAAAAGAAGUUGAUCUGUUAAGAAAUGGAUGAGUUCAGAAGAUUAAUAUCAUCGUCGGCAUCAUUUUUACCACCUAAUAUCUCAAUACCUGCAACUUCCACGGUGGAGAACUUGUUCGCCAAUGGAAGUGGCGGCGGCGUGGGGGAGAGUCCGGGACCGAUGACUUUAAUCUCAAACUUUCUCUCAGAGAACGACAGGGAAGCGGAUUAUCAUUCAUUCUCUCAGCUUUUGGCUGGAACCAUGUCAUCAUCGGUAGAAUUUCAAGGACGUAUCCCGCCUAGAGAUCUAGAUGCCGGUGUUUCUUUUUUGGAAAACGUUGGUGGUGGUGGUGUUGGCAGGGGCGUUGACUUUCCUCCGGGAAUAAGUCCGGCGUCCUUGCUCGAUUCUCCGGGAUUCUUUCCUCCGGCAAAGGGCUCAUAUGGAACGUUUCACCAGCAAGCCUUGGCUCAGGCUAAAACUAAAGCAACCACACACCACCGUCUUCCACCAUCUAUGGCAGACCAGUAUGCUAUAAAGCCGGAGUUAUCCAUUUCCGGCAGCCACUCGCAACCUCUCACGGCUGAUAAGCCAGCUGAGGACGGUUACAACUGGCGGAAAUAUGGGCAGAAGCAAGUGAAGGGUAGUGACUACCCUAGAAGUUAUUACCGAUGCACGCAUCAACGUUGUGUAGUCAAGAAGAAGGUUGAGCGGAGUCCUGACGGCUUAGUGACUGAGAUCAUCUAUAAAGGCCAGCACAACCAUCAACCACCACGAUCCAUUGGAACUUCCGGUGAGUUUGAACCCUUCAAGGGUAGGGAGGAUCAAGAAUCUUCCCAUGAACAGUCGGGAUUAAACGAUAGUGAUGGAGCUAGUGAUGAUGUUGCCAAGCCUCAAACAAAAAAGAGGAAUGUAGAGGUAAAGGAGUUCGAUCCGGUUGCAUCCCACCAGAAAGUUAUGGAACCUCGGAUUGUCGUUCAAGCCACCAGUGAAAUAGAUCUUCUCGAUGAUGGCUAUAAAUGGCGCAAAUAUGGCCAGAAAGUCGUUAAGGGAAACUCUCAUCCAAGGAGUUACUACAAGUGCACAAGUAAAGGGUGCAAGGUUCGGAAACAUGUUGAGAGAGCAGCAAGCGACCCAAAGGCCGUCAUAACUACAUACGAAGAUGUUUUGAAUGCUCUAGCUUGA